ACGAGUUUCUUCUUCUUCGCUGCGUCUACCAUCUGCAAAAUCGACGACGUGCUCAGCCAGCGAUUUCCAGCUUAUCGUUUCCAGACAUCUAAAAAUGGCUUUCUGCACCAAACUCGGCGGUCACUUGAAACAUGGAAAUGUUCAAGUGACAUCAAUGCUCGGUUCUCUCCGCUACAUGUCCACAAAACUUUUCAUUGGUGGUCUAUCACCCGGAACUGACGACCAGUCCUUGAAGGACGCUUUCUCUAGCUUCAAUGGAGUGACAGAGGCAAGAGUCAUGACAAACAAAUUGACUGGAAGGUCGAGGGGUUAUGGAUUUGUUAAUUUCAUGAGUGAGGAUUCUGCCAAAUCUGCUAUUUCAGCUAUGGAUGGACAGGACUUGAAUGGGUUUAACAUCCGUGUGAACGCUGCAAAAGAAUGGCCAAGUUUGCCAUUGUCUUUGGAUGAAGGUAUAGAAGAUGAGAAGAGAGGCAAUAAGAUUGUGAGCCGAUCUGUAUGGAAAGAUCCAUUCGUUGAUGCGUUCUUGAUGAAGAAGAAAAACGCAGCACUGAACAGGAAAAUAUGGUCACGGAGAUCGACAAUUCUGCCAGAGUAUGUUGAUUCGUCUGUGAGAAUCUACAAUGGCAAGACUCAUGUGCGUUGUAAGAUCACAGAAGGAAAAGUUGGGCAUAAAUUUGGAGAGUUUGCGUUUACAAGAAAAGUGACGAAGCAUCCUAGAGGAAAGUAAGUGUAAUGCAUUAAGUUUUUUGAGGAUGAAUGUGUCAGCUUGAGAUAGA